AUGGUGUACUGCGGCAAGCCAUCCAAGGCCUGCGAGCCGUGUCGCAUCCGCCGCGUCAAGUGCGACCUGCGGCGGCCCGGAUGCCGCCAGUGCUACAAUACGGGGCGUGUCUGCAGUGGCUACCGCAUCGAUAUCGACGUCAAUUUCCGCCACCAGACCGACGCCGUCGUGCAGCGAUAUGGAGGCAGCCCGACGAGUCGGAAUGUACCAAACACAAACACGAACCCCAUUCCCGUCCCCGCCGCCUUCCAGGCCGUCAGCACCGCCCGCACCAUCGCCGUCCGCCGCUUUCUGUCCCAGACCACCGAGGCCAUCCACGGGGAAUACGUCCUGCCCCUGUACGAGCGGGCGCAGUGUGCCCCCGUGCUGACCGCCGCGCUGGAGGCCGUCAGCCUGGCCUGCCUGGCCAACGAACAGGCGCGUCGCGACCUCCUGACCCCGGCGCGCGAGCAGUAUGGGCGGGCGCUGCGGCAUCUCCGGCAGGGCCUCGCCCGGGGGCACGGGGAGCUGGCGGCGCUCCUGUCGGCGGGGAUGCUGCUGGCGCAGUUCGCGGGGCUGGCGGGAUCGGCGGAAGACCGCCGGGGGGACAGCCCGGGGGAGUGGUCGCGGCACGUCAACGGGGCCUUCUCGCUGCUGGCGACGCGGGUGCUGCAGGGGGGCUGCCCCCUGACGCUGCCGGGGCGCAGCCUCUUCCUGCACCUGGUGAGCUGCCUGCUGGUGGACUGCCUGCAGCGCGGCACCACCUUCUCGCCCGCCAUGCGCGCCCUCCUGCGCGCCCGCCGCGCCGACAUGCCCGAGUUCCAGCUCCGCUUCUGGGGGCUCGUCGACCGCAUGUGCCUCCUGAACGCGGUGCCGGGGGGACCCUCCGGCGGGCGGGUGGCGGCGUGGCAGGCCCUGGACCGCGAGGUGGCCGUGCUGAUGCAGAACAUGCCCCGGUCGCAGGCGUACGCCGACGGACCCCCCGCCGCCGCCGCCCGCAGUCCAGACCCCCCGUGCCCGGGCUACGGCAGCUAUCGCAUCGCCCAGCAGUGGAAUAUCCUCCGCAUGGUGCGCCUGGCGGUCAAUGAGCGGCUGAUCGAGCAUGCCCCAACCCACCCCCCGACCGGGCCCGACGAUCGGGACCAGGAGCAGGACCAGCAGCAGACGGCCGACCGGUCUCGGGCAGUGAUCGCCACGAUGAUCCGCGACAUCUGUGCCAGUGUCCCCCGGGAUCUCCGACCGGUCGCCCCAGGAGACAGCCCGCCGACGCCGGGGCCGGGGCCGGGGCUCCACGGCUGGGCCUACUCGCUCGUCUGGCCGCUGUCCCUGGCCGGCAAGUCCCCGUCCUGUCCCGCGGCGCUCCGGGGCUUCAUCGCGCGACAAAUGGCCGCCCUGGAGACGAUGAUCGGGCUGGAGAUCACGACGGCACACGCCCCGCAUGAAUGGUAG